AUGUCAAAUACACAGUCUAAUAAGCUGCCAGACGCAGCCAAAGAUGGAACUAUCAUCAAUCUCGCCGAACCAGAAGAGAUUCAACACCAAAGCUUUCUAUCUUCCUUUUUCUCGCGCAAGAAACCAGUCGACUUGGAUGCCAUCGCCACCACGCGGAGUGUAUUCGACGACCCCAAUCUAGCCCGCUACUACCUCCCUCAUCCAGAAUACGAAAACCGACAUCGCUUCGAUCCGUCAGAAAGAUGGACACAUCGCGAAGAAAGAGCAGUUCGACGCAAGACCGAUCUGAAAAUCUUCCUCUGGAUUCUCGUCAUGUUCUUCGGUCUUAAUCUCGAUCGAGGCAAUCUGGGGAAUGCUUCUGCGGAUAACCUUCUUCCUGAUUUGAAUAUUAAUACGAACGACUACAACAACGCGCAGAACAUGUAUCGUAUUGGCUUUCUCAUUUCUGAAAUCCCAUCGCAGAUGAUCGGAAAGAGACUUGGUCCUGAUCGAUGGAUUCCCGUGCAAAUCAUCCUGUGGAGUCUGGCAUCUGGCGGACAGUUCUUUAUCCACAAUCGUGCUGGAUUCUUUGCCUGUCGGUUCUUUCUUGGAUUGUUCAUGGGAGGGUUCAUCCCUGAUGCCAUCUUAUAUCUAUCCUACUUUUAUAAGAAAACGGAAAUGCCGCUCCGUCUGGCAUUCUUCUGGUUUGUCGACUCCAUGUCUGGCGUGAUCGCCUCGUUCAUUGCCUAUGGAGUCCUGCACAUGCGAGGCGUCCAAGGUCGAGCUGGAUGGCGAUGGUUAUUCCUGAUCGAAGCGUUGAUCAGCUUGGUCAUUGGAAUUUUCAGCUUCCUAUUCCUCGUUCCCAGUCCGACUCAGACUGUGACUUGGUGGAAUCCAAAGGGAUAUUUCACUGAACGAGAGGAGAAGAUCAUCGUCAAUCGUGUGCUUCGCGACGAUCCAUCGAAAGGCGACAUGCAUAACCGGCAGGCACUGACGCUGAAGAUGCUCUGGCAAAGUGUCAAAGACUACGAUUUAUGGCCGAUCUAUCUUGUCGGUAUCUUAUUUGAGAUUCCUACGUCGCCGCCAAAGUCGUAUCUCAGUCUGUCGCUGAAAGCAAUCGGAUUUAGUACAUUCCAGACAACAUUACUGGGUAUUCCGGUGACAGUCUUUGCGGCUAUAAAUCUACUGCUCAUCACGGAAUUGUCUGAACGAGUGCACCAAAUCUCCCUCAUUGGCAUUCUAACCCAGCUCUGGUCCCUCCCGCUCCUCAUCAUCCUCUACCGAUCAGCCAGCACCCUCUCCCACUGGGGCUUAUACGCCGUCACCUUUGUUCUUCUAGGCUGGCCAUCUCCCCACGCAGCCCAAGUCGGCUGGUGCUCACGCCUCAGCAACGCCGUCCGAACUCGAACCGUCAGUGCGGCACUAUACAACAUCACGAUUCAGCUCUCUGGAAUUGCAUCAUCGAAUAUCUACCGCGAUGAUGAUAAACCGUACUACCACCGUGGAGACGAACAGUUGAUUGCGAUUAAUAUCGCGACCAUCGCGGCGUAUAUCCUGGCCAAAGUGUACUAUGUGCAGAGGAACAAGUGGAAGAGUAACCGAUGGAAUGCGAUGAAUGAGCAGGAAAAGGCAGAGUAUUUGGAGACGACCAAGGAUGAGGGCAAUAAACGGUUGGACUUUUUGUUUGAUAGUUAG